AUGGCAGCCAAUAAAUGCGCAAUUGGGUCUCUUAUACCUAAGUUUUCAUACGGCCACCAACAGGACACCAACCUGAAGAUCAAAUACCCCAAUCGCAAGCCAACGGAAGCUAAGGCACCGAAGAAUGAAUACCCUCCAAAACUGGCGCCGGUUGAUCUGUCCCAUCACUUUUCCGUUGUGGCGAGAAAUCGGGUGGGAAGCGACGUGAAGAAGUUCUACAAAUACUUUGCGAUACCGGGCAUCCACAACCUGGCGGGAGGGCUUCCCCACCCAUCCUAUUUCCCAUACGAUACCCUGGAGGCCGCAGUUGCUCUUCCAACCCGAAUUGAUCCAUCCACUGCCGAUGGGCCCUCAACAGUCGCUGAAGGGGACGAGAUCCUAGUAUCAACCCUUCCCCCAACAGCGCGACUCACCAUCCCAAAAGAAAGCAACAACACCAACCCCACAACUCGAAUCGACCUAACCACUGCCCUGCAAUAUGGCACUGCACAAGGCUACCCACCGCUCUUCUCCUUCAUCCGCCAAUUUGUCCGCGAAAACCUGCACCCAAACAUCCCCUACACAGGCGGGCCAGAAGUGAUCCUGACAUGCGGUGCCACGGAUGGCUUCUCCAAGACCAUCGAGGCACUGACGAAUGUCUGGGAUGAGAAUCGUGAUUGGAUCAGGGAUCGAGAAUGUAUCCUGUGCGAGGAAUUUGUGUAUAUGAACGCCAUACAAACGGUGAAGCCGCGGGGUAUCAAUGUCGUGACUGUGGCUAUGGAUUCGGAUGGGAUGAUGGUAGACGGGGAUCGCGGGUUGAAACAUAUUCUCGAGAGUUGGGAUUUUAGUCGUGGGAAGAGGCCGCAUUUGAUGUAUACCGUGACAAUCGGCCAGAACCCAACCGGCACCGUCCUUCCCCUCCCAAGACGCAGAGACCUCUAUUCCCUCUGCCAGAAAUACGACAUCAUCAUUGUCGAGGAUGACCCGUACUGGCACCUCCAAUACCCGUCCGCUGGCCCCGAGCUGGAGGCUCACUUCCGCGGCAGCAGCUCCCUCAAAUCCCGACCCCAGCCCCAUUCCAAUCAUGCGGACACUACACUUGCGCCCAAUUACAACACCCACGGCAAAACAUCCGGCUACCCCUUCCUCGACUCUCUCAUCCCCUCAUACUUGUCCAUAGACACAGAUGGCCGCGUGAUCCGGCUCGAUACAUUUUCCAAAAUCAUCGCGCCCGGCUGUCGGCUGGGCUGGCUGACCGCACAACCGAAGAUUGUAGAGCGGAUUCUGUAUAUAACGGAGACAAGCACGCAGCAGCCAUCUGGGUUUGUGCAGGCGAUGGUUGCGGGGUUGAUCAUGGGUGGUGGUGGUGGCGGGAAGAAGGAUGAAUUAGACAGGGUUGGUGAGGAGGGCUGUAGUGGUGAUGCUGCUGGUGGUAGGCAGUCCGGAACUUGGAAGAUGGAAGGAUGGGUUCGGUGGCUGGAGGGGUUGCGGGAUGGUUACGAAUGGCGCAUGCGGACGAUGUGCACGAUUCUGGAGGAGGGGAGGUCGAUUAUUGAACAAACCCCCUCGGCUGGUACUUCCAGAAGCCACCAUAGCUACUAUGAUAGUGAUAGCGACGAAGAUGACGAAGACGACUGGCAGCUCCUGCGCAAAACCCCACUGUACUCCUUCCAGUUCCCCCGCGGUGGCAUGUUUGUCUGGGUGCGCAUGUGCUUCGAGACACACCAGCUCUGGUCUUGCGAGGGCGUAUCCGCCGAACGACUAUCGGCCGCGCUCUGGAAGCAUCUGACGAAGAAACCAUACCUGUGCCUGGUAGCACCGGGGGCGAUGUUUAAUCCCGCCGGUGGCGGAAAUGGUCAGCGCGGCGGGAGCGACGAAUCGUUCAGGUAUUUUCGAUUGUGUUUUGCGCCGAUGCAGGAGGGGGAUGUGGCGGUGUCAGCGAAGGGGUUUGUGGAGGGUUGUAGGAAUUUCUGGUUGCGGGGGGUUUUGGAGGACGAUGACGAUGACGACAUGUAAGGGAGGUCGGGGAUUUACCUUGGCCUUUCAUCUAUCUCUAGAUGGAUAUAUUUUUUGAUAUAUAUAUCUUGGUUGAUGCCAUGCCACGUUCUUUUUAAAACACUCAUCAGGUAUGCAUAUUCUAUGCCGUGGUCUAUCAGAUAAUUUAGAUCAAAAAAAAAUAUUCAACCCAGUCCACUUCU